AGGGAUCCUGACCACAACUUCCUUAUCAGGCUUGAAGCCAAAAACUAAUCUGCCAUCGACCGACAUCGUCAAUUGCGCCUAGGUGUUUCUUCGUUUGACAUGAUAUGAACGAUUCUCUAUGAACCCAGCGAGGACGGAAUGAGGAAUGCCAGUCCAUUACAGCUCUUUCGGUGCGGCCUUGCGCCCUCUUGGUCGCCAAUGUCGUCGUCCCAAUCUUUCUACUCCUCCGCCAUCGAUUACCGCGAGAGUUAACGUCGCGAACAAUGUCUCUCGAAACUUUACCACGUCGAAAUCUCUCCGAACCGGCCGUCAAGAGCCGGAACAUCACAAGAACCACUAUGAGACGUUGAACGUUCACUUUGAUGCCACUCAGGCGGAAAUCAAGAAAUCCUUCUACCACCUCUCCAAAACCCACCACCCCGACCACAACCCCUCCGACCCUCACGCCUCCCACCGCUUCAUGCGCAUCUCCGAAGCCUACUCCAUCCUCUCUCACGCCGACAAACGCGCCCGCUACGACCACGACGUGCUUCGCCUGCACCUUCGUGCUCGCGCCCACGGUUCUCACCACUCCUCCUCCGUCGGUCCAGCCGGCGGCCGCCCGGCCUCUGGGCUUUCCAAACGCCGGUCAACGACCCAGGGCGCGCCCCCGCCGAGCUUUUUUAAACAGGGAGGGUAUGGAGAGCAGAAAGCGAAGAGGGAGAGGGCGGAGGGGUGGUAUCCCCAAGGCGGUGCCGGUGCCGGCUUUGGUCAGGCCGGAGGGGGGUUUGGUUUCGGCGGCUUCGGUUCCCAGCCAGGCACCGGCACCGGCACUGGCACUGGCACAACAGGAGGGACAACAGGAUCAGGCCAACAAAAACAAGAAUGGUCCCAAGCCUUCAACCCCGCUUCCGCGCCUCACUUCGACAGCCAGCAACACACGCGCACCCAUGAACAACUGUGGGAGAACUUGAAGAAGUCGCAUGCGAGGAGGAAUGAGGCGGCUAGACAGCAGGCGCAACAACAGCAGCAGGGGCAGCAGUGGUGGAGCCAGCAGGAGCAAGAGCCAUACAAACAGCAGUGGGGAGAAAGUAAGAAAGUCCUACCAGAAGUUCAGCAGGGACAUCUGGCGAGUUUCUUUGCUGUUACAGUGGUUUUGUUGGUCUCGAGCUUUGGGCCUUAUUGGUUGUUUGGGGAGUGGACGAGUACGGGUGGGAAGAGCAGUGGAGGAGGUGGAGGUGGAAGUGGAGGGGGAAGUAAGAAACAGGCGGCUGCUUGAUGGGACAGUUUGAUGGCUAUGAUGAUGAUAUAUGAACUGGAAAGCAGGUACAACAGGACUGCGGGGGGACCACAGGGUAACAGAACUGUGGUGGCGUUCAAGUCAUGAGAAACUAGAGACUUGGGCUUAACGGAGUUGCACAGUUACAUAGAGAAGACAAUUGUAUAACAGAAUACAUUCAUAUGUCAGCUCUUGAGAAGAUGAUGAGGCUUGAGCUGCGUGUUGAGAAACCACUGCUACAAAUCAAGACGCAUUUUUGCAUACUGGGUAUUCCCCGUAUUACCUG